AGAUUGGGCGUGGCCGUUGAUUUCUCAGCAUGCAGCAUCAAAGCACUGAAAUUGACGGUGGAUAACGUCGUCAGAGAAGGGGAUAACCUCGUUCUUAUCAUCGUUCGCCAUGCCCACGGUUACGAGCACAUGCAGCUCUGGGAAACCACUGGCUCACCUUUGAUACCUCUGGCUGAGUUCUCUGACCCAGUGCUCAUGAAGAGAUAUGAACUGAAACCAGCACCCGAAGUAAUUGACAUCGUGUCAACUGCUGCCACGCAAAAAAAAAUAAAAAAAUAUUGUAGUGCUAAUGAAGAUCUAUUGGGGAGAUGCUCGGUCAUAAUGGAAAGCGUGAGCAACUAUGUGGUGAAUAAUGCCUCCUGUCCUAUCACUGUGGUGAAGAAUCCAUGCCACCACCAUCAUUAG